AUGUUCAAACAAGUCUUAAAGUCGUCCUCUUCCGCAUCUCUGUUCAAGAAUACAAACACGAAAUGGCUCGUAAUGAAAUCUCAAAUUCUUUCUCAACCUAGAUUCUAUGCAGCUGCAGCUUCAAAACACAUCAUUCCGAUCAAGACUGAAGAAGAAUUUGAGAACUAUAUAACAAACAUGAAAGUGCCUGCGAUUAUUGAUGUUUAUGCUGAUUGGUGUGGACCAUGUAAAAUGCUUUCCCCAAUCUUGCAAAGCAUUAUUGAGGAUUUACGUGGUCAUGUCCAAUUGGUGACCAUCAAUUCCGAUCAAUCACCAGAUCUUGCUUCAGCACUUGAUGUCGAAGCCUUACCAACUCUUAUUUUCGUUCAACCUGGACCAAAAUUUGUUUACAAGCAUGUGGGUUUAGCAGAUAAGACCAAUAUUUAUGCCCUUGCUAAGAAACAUCUUGGAGUUGAUUUUGCCAAUGUCAUUAAGAAUACCCCAUAA